UUCGUCGCACACUGACACAGUGUUUAAGCAAACUGUCGUCUGCAUAAUGAAAUAGUAAACAACAUUUGUUAUCUCACGUAUAUUCGCAUUAAUUUUGCGAAGCAAAAUGGCCGAUAAAGAUUCGAUCAUACGAAAUUUAUACGAUUUUCUGGAAAAGCUGCGUUAUCCUGAAAUUGCACAGAUUCAGUAUAAAGAGUUCGAAAAUACUAUUCUUACGGGAUCAAAGCGCCUAGAUUUAUUGCAUUGGAUAUUGUUAGAAAGUCCAGGAUUCAAUGCUGCAGCUUUUAACAAGUUGAAAGAAGAUUCACUUGCUGAUAAAAUUAUAAAAUGUUAUGGACAAAUUGGACUUUGCAAUGAUGAAAAUGUUUUACUAGGUAAAUGUCCCAUUGAAAAACAAGUGCCAUUUUUAUCACUACUGGUUCUACUUGUGAAAAGCGUCCAUUUAUCAAAUUCCGACUUGUCUAAAAAUGACCACCUUGAUAUUGAAAAAAUAGACAAGAAGGAUGAUGAAAACAUUCAACUUGAUAAACCAACUGUUACUGAUUUUUCUUCUCAUGAAUCUCCUAAUGUAAAAGAAAAAACAGACAUAACAAAAAUAACGAUAGAUGAAACAAUGGAAUCGGCUAACUUGAAACACCUAUGUGCAUUAGCAAAAGAUAGUAUGAAAGUAUUGACUGAAUCAAAAGUAAAUGAAGAUGAUUCUAUGAUGGAAAAUUUUAGUAAUUCAUUCCAAAAAAUUAUUUCUUUACCUGAACAACUUGAACAUUCAAAUGAUUAUUCAAAACAUUAUCCUGAUUUUUGUAAUGACUUGAAGAAUAUUUACACAGAAUUUACCAUGAUAAAUAAGAUACAAAUGAAUGAAACCAGUAUUAAAACUCGUUAUAUCCCAGAUUAUGACAACAAAGUACCAAGGCCAUUAGCUGCAGCUAUCAAGAAUAGUCUAGUUUUAAUAGAACAAGCUUGCAAUGUAUUCAAUGAAAUUUAAAUCAAACAAAAUAUUUCAAGGAGCAAACAAGUCUUUGUCCUUUGUUAAAAUUUAAAUUAUAAGUUAUGUGUUGACGUUUAAAUUAUAAAUU